UGAUAUUUUGUGCAUCGGUCUUUUGAGUAAACGUUUUCGGGAAAUUAAGUUAUGAUGCUUUGUUUAAUAAACAGGUCAUUUAUUUCCGCAUUUCCAGUUUAGCUUUCUCGCAAAUUUUACUGACACCAGCAAGAACAGAGUCCUUUGGGUUUUCGUCAGUUCUGCUUUGUUCGGAAAUCUCGGAAAGAGCUGAGGCGUUUUAUGGGCUUGUUUCCUGCUUCGAAAUAGAUUCAAGGAAACGAUUUUCGGUGUUGUUACCCAGGUGAGUAAGAUUUAAUUGAAUACGUUUUAUUCUCGUUGAACUAAAAGAAAUAAUAUUUACAGGAAUACCUCUGGACGUUUUAAUGUUAUAGCUACAGGAACUGAAGAGCUAGCUUUGCAAGAUAAAUCGCUUUGACAAAGAGGAAAUUUUAAUGUGGAAGUCAAACAUUUGAAUUUGUUUAGCGAAAACUGUUCUUUCACUAAUAGUGAAUUACCCGAGGGUGAUAAGCCAUACAUGAGAGCUUAAGUAAACGCGGGGAAGAAGUCAAGCCUUUUUGUCUUUAUUUAAUGACCAUAUAUUAUGUCUCACAUUUAAGUGCAGCUUAAAACAUCAGGGUAUUCUUCAAAGACGUAAAAUAUAACUUCAGUAACUUGUAGAGCUUUUGAGAACUUGAAGUCGCUAUCUAGAACGCCAUUCGCAUUGAGCCGUGAAAGCACCUGCGGACGACAAAUCGAAAGCUGUCCUCCCCUUGAGUAAAAUAUGAUUUAUUUCGAAACAUUUCAGUGAAAGUAACAAUUGAUAGAAUUAAAAAGGAUAUUGUCCCCUUUUGAAUGCAACAAAAUUAGGGUUGUACAACAUGUGGAAAUUUCACAUGCUUUCUAUGCCUUUCUACAGGAAUCAUAUAAUUGGAAAGAAUCAUUUUGUUUCAUUCAUAAAAAGACACUGUAAUUACAUUUCUGUAGGUGAAAAUUGUACCACCUGAUAAAUAGAUAAAUGGCAGAAAGAUUGGUUUUAAUAUCGAUCAAUUUUGGCCUGUUUAUGACAAAAGUUUACCUCGGUUAGAAAUAAACAGAGUGUGUAUAUAUUGGGAAAAUGUUAUCGCUCUGAUAGAAAUGAGAACAUGCAAUAAGACCCUAAAAAAAAUGCUAAAAUAUGUUCUCCUUAAUAUUCAAAACGAUUGCAAGGUUCAGCUACGAACUUAACGAGCUGAGACAGUCUCUUUUUUGUCACAGAAAGGUAUUGAAAAAAUAAUGUAGUUAUAGCUUUUAAACAUGGACGAAAUCAUAGGUUGUGUGACUAUGAAUCCUCUUAAGGGAUGUUUUUUCGUGGUUCUUUAAGAUUUUCAGUAUUUGGCAAAGUGAAAUAUGAACACUGGAGCUUAAACGAGUGUGACGUUUGAUUGUUACAGUGACCUUGUUAUAUACGGUGAGUGAAGGAUCGAUGUGUUGUAAACAGAGUACAAAGGGUGGGAGAAUUGUAUAAGAAAAAGAACCAAGGAAGUUUCGUAUUGUUUGCAAUUUUUUUUUGUCGUGACACAAGGUUUCUUGGUAGGUUCUGCUCGCAACAAGGCCAAUGUUUUAAAUCCUUGUAAAGUUUCUUUUUUCUCUCUCUACUUCUCUUCAAAAUUACGAUUUCUCGUCCACGUCUUCUUUGCAAUCUGUUUAUUUGAUAUUAUAUUUGUAAAGUCUUCCGAAUUUUGCUUUUUUUAAAGAUAUAGUAAGGGGCUUUCUUGCGUUUGACAGUUUGAAAUGUUUGUAAAAGUGCCUAUAUAAGUCUUUUAAUCUGCUAACCAUCUUGGCACAUUUUUUUAUUCUCUUACCCGUUAGGAUUAGGAGGACUAGGAGGAUAGUAGCAGAAAAUGGAGAAAUCAUACAACACAAACCGAAUUUGUGCCAUCUGUGGAGAUCGUUCGUCUGGGUUUCAUUAUGGCGUACAAAGCUGCGAAGGAUGCAAGAGCUUCUUCAAACGUACAGUUCAGAAACAACUGCACUAUACCUGCGUGGAAAACAUGUCAUGUCAGAUCGACAAGAAUAAUCGGAUUCGAUGCCAGUUCUGCAGAUUUCAAAAAUGCCUGUCUUUAGGGAUGCUCAAGGAAGGUAAAAAUUUAAAAUUCGCCAGGUAAAAAUGCCGUAUGUCUUCUUCUAUUUCUGCCAGAGAUUUCUGCCUUCCUAAACAACUGUAAACUUACAUGAGACAGCAAGGGUACACCUCCGAUCACUAGGGCCCUGAGAUUGUUAACUAUUUUUCUGCUAGACCUCCGCUUUUACCCUACGUUCAAAACCCAGCAAAUUUCGAAAAUUAUACGGGUUCUAAUUCUUUACUCUUUAAUUCUAUUUAUGGCUUUAGGAAAAUGGUUGACGAAAAAAACCACAAAAGGAUGUCGAAAUAAUAAAUCAAUAGUUUUUAUUUUCUGUGUGGUCGACAGUUCCUAAUUUCUAACAGACGUAGAUGAAAAUUGACAACGGAGGCCAUUUCGUCUGUGACACAGAUCUACCUAUUUUUCGCGCAAGCUACUUGCCUCAUUCUCACGUCAAAACCAUCCCACACACACUCUUUGUCGCUUCGCAAGUAGCUGUUAUACAGUAUCACGUUCCCCUUUGCCCCAAGCAUGUAAGAUUACUAUUAGUAUGUCUUUUUAAAUCCAGUCUUAUGCGGUGUAAAACUGAUUGAAAAAUUCACAAAGAUACCUAACUUAUCACAAGAAGAUAGCCCUACAUGUGAUGAAUGCUGCAUUUCUGCGACCGUUUUAUAAGUCAGUCUGAAACAUCCGUGGGUUCGUCUCUUCACCUCUACCUUGGCCCUGUUUAUAUGGAGAAAAUUUGCCCCGAGUAGAAGGGUCACCCAUCCUACCAAAGCUACCCUGGGCGAGCCAAUGUUUCGUACAUUUUCUUAACUACAAAGCGCGGAGAAUAGUACCUACCCAGGUCAGCCUUUUGUGAUGGUAGGGUCUCCAGCUUAGCAGAGCCAAUUUUUCUCCAUACAAACCUUUUGGAUCUCCCAGCUGGGGUUAGCUUGGUCAGGGUUGAGAUAAUCAAAGCACACGCGAUUGCCGUUGGGUCGGGCAAAGGCAUUUUUUAUCUCACAUGAACGCUCGCUAAUUUUGACUCGGCUGGGAGGGUGACUCUUCUACCCUUGACAGGUUUGUUCCAUAUAAACGAGGCCUCAGACAAAGAUACUCCACCUGUAGCAAGCAGUCUUGCACUAACCUAAUCGCUUUUCAGCCGCCAAUUUAGUCUACAUUGCCGCUUUCGUCUUUCAGCUGUUCGAGAGGACAGAGCACCGGGUGGCAGACCACGUAUCAAGUCUUUAAUGGGAAUGAAAGAAAACGCGGACACAUUCGUCUCCUCAGAACUGAUCACGCAACUUAUCCAAGCCCGUCCUGACGCAGUGCCAAAGAGAAGGUAUAUUAAAGCUACAUUUCUUACUCGUAUUCAAUUGGAGUGAGGUGUUAUGGUCAUUAGGGAUUAGAAAUAGCUACAGGCUUCAGGUCUUAUAUCCUUGAACUAUAGAGCGGAACAGUAGCUGGUCCGAUCACCGGCUUGAUUUAUAAUUCAGGGAAGUCAUCAUUCUGUGCUCUCCUAAAUGGCCUCGUUUUAUCUGUCACACUGGCCUGCGUCCGAGGAGCAUUGAAGUAAGAAAACCUGAUUUUGUUAUUGCUGUUGUUAUAGUGGACAGUGCACCUUGCUUACCCUAAGCUAGCUUACAGGCAUUCCACUUAAAUAAUUAGAAAAAAUAACAGAACAUAAGAGGAUUAAAAACCCAAACUGGCAGGAGGCAACCAAGGCAGGCCUUUAACCCGGGACCGCCGGAUUACGAGUCCAACUCGCUGACCACUCCGCCCCGCUGCCUCCUUCAAGUCUGUGUCCAAACUGCAGCGUUGGUUAUGCUGAUUUAGGCUAAUGUGGGUACUUAUCAAAGUUACUCUCGUUUCCAUUCUCACCUCCAGCCCUGCGCAUCUUCUUCGUGAGAGUGGACCAUAAUUCCCGAAUAUUUCAUUCCUUUUUAAUCCUAAAGUUUUAAGGAUAUUGCAAAACAUUAACUUAGGAGACUUCACCUUACUUGAGAGAAUCAUGUUACCGACGGCACGUGUCAAUUACGUCAUGAAUACAAACCUCAUCGUAAACUCUGCCCUGCAGGCAGAAGGGAGAAAAAAGCGCGCGGUGGACGAUGGGAAGGAGAAGAGAAGGGAAGAGGCCUCCCGUUCGCUCUUGCUAUCUGAUCUUCCCCCCUCCCCCUCGCGCUCUUAACUAUUCUUAUUUUUUUAUUUGAAGUUUGGAAUACCGAAAGGAGCACCUACGGAGGAGAGAAUAUCAUAAAUUUAAUUGUUGUGAUGACUCUAAAAAACCACUAUACUGCAUUCAAUACAUUACUGUUACCCAAUUCAAUAGGUAUUGUAGUUUGCUCGCACUGAACAACGUUGUAACUCAGUGAAAUUCUCUUGUAAGUAGACCAGACUACAUGGACCUUGGGUUUGCUGACAUCUGUCCCAUGAACCCUGUGGAAAUUGUCAUGGAGUUAAUGCUACAGGAGGUCGACUUGAUGGUGGCUUGGGCCUACAAAGUCCCCGGAUUUAGAGAGCUGGAUCGUGAAGAUAGGGCUAACCUCUUUUCUUCAGGUAAAUGCACCAAACUGACAGGUUGUUUGUUUAUAAUUUAGUACAAUAUCUUUUGCAAAGAUAAUUCCGCACUUAACACGAAAUUGAAGAAUCUAAGCACUGCUCGAGUUAUGAGUCCCUAUUGAAAGCGUAAUAUUCCUGUGCUACGUUUUAAUAUAAUUUACACUGGAAACAUUUCGUCUACGUUUUGUUACUGUUAUAGGCCGGGACGGACAUCUACAUACAUUUUUGGCUUGCGCUAGAGGAGAUUUUUCCGCACUCACGACGAAUCCGGAACAUUUUGAGACCGUAUUAAAAAACUUUUGCCUUUCACAGGCAGUAAUGAGUAAAUCCGUAAUAAAAACGUCCUGGUUUGGUCGUGUGUCCGGAGAUCACGAAAUCUGAAACUUUAUAGUGGAUACUUCAAAGCCAAAUGAAUGUUCUCGGAUUUACUGAUGUGUCUAAAAGCUUGCGAAUCUGAAUAUCAUAUUUGUAAUAAAUCCGAAAUCAUUUAUGAUUCCAGAAAAAUCUCCUCUGGAGGCUGGUACAUUAUCAUUCUCAACAAAGAACUAACACAAAAAUCGAACCAAGUGUACAUGAUCGUUUUCUCUCGAUUCUUUUUCAUAUUAUCUGAGUCAUGUACUAAUUAUAUAAACUAUCUAAUUGAUCCAGCUUUACUAGAGUUACUGGUCCUUCGAGUAUGCCAGCGGUCCAGUCCACAUCAGGGCUCCGUCAUGGUGGCUAAAGAUGUACUUCUGAAUCCGGAACAUUCAUUCAAUAUGGUACUGGAGCAAUGGUCCUCACAGAUGGCAGGUUUUGCCUAUAAGAUGCAAAGCUUGCAACUUGACAUGGCAGAAUUUGCUUGUGUCAACGCUAUCAUGCUAUUUGAGCAAGGUGAUUAUUUUUUGGAUCUUGAUGCUGAAUGGCCUGAAUUUCAGACGAUUAGUUCGAUUCGUUUUAACCCCCCUAGAUUCUGAUUUCUUAAGUGUGUUUUAGUGGGAAUUUUUACGCGAUGUUCAUAGAGGUCGAUUUAUUCAGGGGUCGCUUUUGUGUCUAGGGGCAUGCGCGCUGUCAUAUUCAGUCUCGGCGUCGAGGGCGAUGAGGGAAUGACGUAUCAAAAGAUUACAGUUCCACGAGAGGCAAGAUUAGAACUGCGCCUAGCUAUCGGACACAAUAAUUAAAAAAUACUUUCAUUCACAACUUGUUGUUCUUAUGUUUUAUAGCAAAGAUCAGGUCUGCCUUCAUUCAAGCAAGUAACGGUAUAAUUAUUUUCUUUUUCAUAAUUUCAUUUGGAUUCUUUAUAUUUUGCUUGUCCAUUUUUCUCAUAGAGACGAGCUCGGGAUUGAAAAACAGAGAAAUGGUCGACUUCAUUCUAAACCGUUCCAUUGAUGCACUGCGGGACUAUGUGAGCUGUUCCUAUCCAGACAAGCCCAGUCGGUUCGCCCACAUCUUGCUCAGACUUCCGUCGCUAAGAAACGUGUGCUCCAAAAUUGCGGAUGAAUGUUUGUUUGCCCGCUCUUUUCUCAGUAUGGCUGUUCCCCAGGCUUUGUCGUUGAUAAUGGAAAUGAAAAUGUAG